AUGGCCACGGACUCUCUAGCUGACCUUUGGCGAGGCGCUCUCGAUGCGUAUGAGCGGCGGGCCGGGAUCAAGCUCUCCUCUCCUGGGUUCCCACCCUUCGCGUCGUCGGACGAGAUCUUCGAGUUCAUCGAUAGUCGUCGGACGGAGUUUAGCAACUUCCGGGAGGACGGACAACAGCUUCGGUCCAAAUUGGAGCCCAUCGCGUGGACGGUGCAGACCCUAUGUAGUAUCCUCGGAGAAGCGUUCGCUGUGCCUUUCUCGCCCGGAAAAGCAAUCUUUACCGCCAUCGGCGUCGCUCUCCAAGCAGCGAUGAAGGUGCAGAAAGACUUUGAUGCUAUUGAAGACGCUUUCGAGACCAUGGCGCACCAUCUGCGCAUCAUCAAGACGAGCGCUGCCCCCAUCAUGCACGUCGUCCUGAGAGAAGCCUCUUUGAAGUUACUCGUCCAGAUCCUCGCUAUCUUGGGCGUGAUCACGGAGAUGCAGAAGUCCGGGCGGUUGACGGCCUGGCUGAGAAGCAUUCGGCACUCGGAUGUACUCGAUAAGGCGUUAGAGGAGCUGCGCCAGCUUGCAACGAACCAGCAUCAGACAAUAUCCGCCGUGACGCUGCUCGUCUCCCAGCGGACGCUGUCCAUCUUCACUGACAGCGCCGCUUGGAACGACGCAGAUAACAUCCUGCGAACUUUCCUUGAACGUGUUUUGGACACAACGCGGGAGAUCUACGAUCUGCUUCGCAAGAGUGCAUCGGCAACGCAACGACAGAACACCGCGAACCGCAGGAUUUUGGAGGACAUCCAGAACAAGCUCUUUCAACUGAACGAGGAAGUCCUGAAGAAAAAGAGCUACAAUCAGGGCAGGAUAUACGAAUGGUUGCAGUAUCCGGAUUGCUCGGCGAAGAUCAAUGCGCUGUUAUACGAGCGAGCCAGAGGGACCGGCUCUUGGUUCUUCGAUAGCAAUGAGUUCUCGGCAUUCAAGGCGGGAAAGAAGCGUGUUCUUUUGUUACAAGGCAGCGCUGGAUGUGGAAAGAGCACAAUCAUGGCUGGUGCUAUAUGCGAACUUCGGGCGCACUGUGCGCUCGUGACCCCUCAAUCCCUCGUCUUGACGCACUUCUUCGACGCCACCAAUCCUAAUCUGCGGCAUCGCAAUCUCGAAGGUUUAUCAUCCUCGCUUCUGUGCCAGCUUUCGCAUCACGGGGCCGACGUACUUGAAGCGCUGCAGACCCUCCACGACAAUCUCAUGGCGGGUCGCUCCGAGAUAUCGCUCGAUAAAGUUCAGUGCAUGCUCGAUGCCGCGCUGCAAAGUCGCGUCGCGAGAGUCUUCGUCGCACUAGAUGCUUUGGACGAGGCCAUCAUUCAAUUCGACUCGAGAAAAGGAUGUUUUCUGGAAGAUCUUAUCAAACACGAGAACGUCUCGCUCCUCCUGUCGAGCCGUACCGAGGUGCCCUAUAAUCGGUAUCUCGAGCGCUUAUCCAGUGCUCGACUUCUCGUGAAGAAGCACUUGGUCGCGCGCGACAUAGCAGUUCAUCUAGAUGACGUGCUAGCCGCGCGAGGUGCGCUCGCUAAGGUGAAGGGCCAAAACAUCAGCCUUGUUCGCAAGAUGCUCACAAGUAGGGCAGAUGGGAACUUUCGCUGGACAGUGCUCCAGAUCCAGGAACUGGCCGGCGUUGCUGGCAUACCCACCCAGCUGCGCAGAAUGCUGCACGACAUGCCGAAGACGCUCAAUGAUGCCUAUGAUCUGGCCUUCGCGAUGAUGCCAGAGGCGCAGCGUGAUGAGCUCCAGAGGAUGCUCGAAUGGCUCCUCUUCGCUCGUGGCCUGUUGGAUAAACACGAGUACUCCGAGCUGCUGGCAUUCGAGUGGUCCAAACACAGUGAUCGUGACCUCCCAGUCUUCGACACCGAGCUGCGACCUUCGUCGCCGGACGAGAUUUUCACCAUCGUGAACUCAGCCUUUGUCUCAUACUACGGAGGUUUCGUUCGGAUUGCGCAUGCCUCGAUUCGCGACUAUUUCCUCGGCCCUCGCACGCCAAUGCAAUUCUCCAGCACGAAAGCUUAUACAAGGAUGGCCUUCACGUGCAUAGCCUACCUGUCUGCCGUGGGCACUACAGACACUCCCAAGAAACGAUUGCUAGGACGCUAUCCCUUACACUAUCAUGCGCGGAAGUUCUGGUCGUUCUAUGCACACAAAUCGCUGAAGGAGUUCUGGAUCCUGUAUGAGCCUGUGGAACGUUUCGUGAGCAGCUUCCCACCGAAGGCCUCAUCGCUUUUGGAACUUGCAGUGAAGGAGCGCCACAUCAACGUCCUCCGCAUCGUCCAUAGAGUCAGGCCAGACUUGCUCGAGCCCUUCCAUCUCACAAUAGAUUUCUAUAGACCACGGGUGCCGUUUGAGCCGGAGUUCGUGUCUUGGCCACGUUAG